UACGAGCCCUUUCACAUGAACACAAGUUUCGAUGACGCUAAUGAAGGCUGCGACGUCAGCAGACAGUCAGUCCAUGUCUUCACAGCUGUGCCCUGUUUAGCCACCGUUUUAGUCUUUUUCUGUGACAGCAUGGAGCUGUCGGAGGUGGUGACACUACAAUAUGCGGCUCCUGUAGCUGGUGUUCUUUUUUGUGCUCUUUUAGUAUUGAUCUUUGGAUUCAAAUCUCCCGUCCAGCCUCCAAGUUUUGACUUCGAAUACGAAGAAAAGAAGUCUCAGAAGAAACAGAAGAAGCAAAAGAAAUCCACAAGUAACGGACAUGUUCCAACAGAAAGCAACCAGGACCCCAACAAGGUGUCGCCACCUCAACCCACAUCCAAGCAGGAUCAGCAAACAAAUAAGCAGCCAACACUGCAGAAUAAAGUAAAGGGUAAAAAAGCUGCUGCCACAAACUCAAAAGCCAACCACAAAACUGAGACCAGUGCAAGCAAACCAGAGGUCACAGAAGAGGAUGUUGGAGAAUGGACGACACAACUGUCUCGCAAAGAUAAGAAACUGCGUGUUAAUAAGAAGGAAGAUGGUGCAAAGGGUGACAGUGCUGAGUCAGUCAGUGUAGAAUUGCAGGGACAAGGGGAUAAGAAAAAGAAGGAGGAGCCCAGCAGCACAACACCCAAGUCUGCUAAGUCAAAGAAAGAGAAGAAACAGGAAAAGAAGGAUGCUAGCAAGCAAGAAACAGAGACAAAACCACUAAAAACAGAAGAGGUUGUGGCCAAGGUUGUAGAUGAAACAGAGUUCCAUGAAGUCAGUAACAAGAAAACAAAACCAACUGCUAAGCAGAAAGAAGCCAAGGCUGCUGCAGCUCAAUCCACACCAGCUGAUGAAAAGCCAGUGAAAGACAAGAGUACAGAGGAUGUAGGAGAAAGUCCUAAAGCUUCUCAAACACCAAAGAAAAAGAAUAAGAAGCAGCAGUCUCAUCAAAAUGAAGCAGCAGAUGCUACAUUAUCUAGUCCAUCGUCUCCAAGUGGCCAAGCCCAAGUGCCAAAAAAAGGUGCUGACUCCAAAACUAGUCUCAGCAACCAACAAAAUGAUACAAAAGGUGCUAGCAAUACAACUGAAUCUAGCACUAAAACAGAAAGUGUUAUCGCAUCAAGUACUGAUGACAGCAAGGUCAACUUCGAUGAGCUUGGAGGAGAAAGUAAUGAUUGGUUGGAGGCAAAGCCACAGAAAAAGAAGAAGAAAGCCAGAAGGGAAAAUUAAUUUUUUCUUUUUUUUUUUUUUUUAUGAAAUAAGAAUGUGAAACAUUCUAUUAAAUCCAGGAAAGCAUCACUUACAAACAUUCCUUGUUCAGGGGACAUGUGAACCCCAUCAGGGCAGUUCAGCAUUACAGUAUCAAUCCAAUUCAUUUCAGAGCUAGUGGUUUUGAAAAAAAAAUCAGUCCAAUUGUUACGAAGUAGAAUUAAUGGAAAGUCGUAAAGGGAAGUUAAUAAGCUGUAAUUGAUGCAUGGUGAUUAAGGUCACAUUUUGAUCACUGUUGUGUCUCCAUCUACUGUAACAGUAUAAGUGGAUUUGUUAGGAGUGUGUUGCAGUGGUAAAGACUUAAUGUUGAAUUGGGUGCUGGUUGGUUGAAUGCCAAAGAUAGUAGUGGACUCUAUUGGAUGUCAAACUGGAUGUGUUGGUACAGGUUGUUUGAAACAUUGAGCUGAAAUUUACUUAGUAUAUCAAAAUGAUAAUGUAAGGCUAUGUAGCUGAACCAGUGGGUCACCCCUUAUGGUUAUAUAGCUCACACCACUGUGUGUAGGCCUUGCAGCAUGUUGAGGACUGAGCAUGUAUUUAUAAUUAUAAAUUGUUUCAUUUUGAAAUUUUAAAGAAAGGGAGGUAAAGGGGAGGAAAUAUUCAAUGUAUUUUACUAAUCUUCAAUUAUUAUUUUUGGAAGGACUGUUGUCAUUUGGCUUGUAUCUUGCCACAAUAUGGUCUUGAAAAUGGUAAUUUUCAGACUGAAGGCUGUGAUGUUAUGAAUUUUCACAUAUAAAUGCUGAACAAGCCACAGAGUAUUGUUAAGAAAUGAUUUAAAUAUGUAAAAUUCCACAUUGUUGUAUAGGACCAGUUGAAAUGAAAAAUGAUUUGUUAUAUUUAUUGGCUCAGAAUGCUGGAGUACGAUCUACCUUUUUAAAAUAUCAGUGUUAAAAAGAUUAAACAGAAUAUUAGUCUGUAACCCUCUAAAUAUUUUAUUAAUAGUAUAAGAAUCUAAAAAAUUAGAUAGUAAAGAUGGUUAUUUUGGAUGAGAAUAAUCCCAGGGCUAUAAGCCAAACUAUAUUAUUAAUCUUUUUGGGGGCACUGCACAAAUCCACCCUAAUUCCUCAAAUUUAGUGGCAUUUACUCCUUUGGCUGGCAGAAUAGUGGUUGUCCAACUUUUCUUUUGUAUAUUUGUGAAUAUGCAUACUGUUACUUGUCAUAUCUUAGACAAAGGCUCAAAUUUCUUUCAAUAAGAAAUUUCCUUUAAGGUAUCUGUUAAGGUAAGAUUUAUUUUUUAGGUGCUCUUGUUUUGAUCUAGAGUGUCCCAACUUACAGGCUUUCUGGAAGAACUUGGUCAUGUUGGGUGGAUGUUCUUCAUGCCAUGUGAAACACAAAGAGAGACAAUGUUGCUGGUAGAUAAUAUAUUAAUUGAGCUCAAGUUGAUUUUACAUUGGUCUCUGUAGACUUGGUAAUGGUUGAUCCUCAAGUUAGUCAUAGAUUUUGUCUGCAGGGUAUGAUACUACUGUGUAAAGGGUGAAGGGGACUAAUAUUUCAAGUAUUAAUACUUGGCAGUUGGGGUUCAGUGCUUAUGUGAUGCAUUUAAUUAAGGUCAGAUUAGUUUGUAGGUAGUAUACUACUUUAUUUGUAUAUAAACACUAUGGCACCUUUUAUGCUUAAUGAUAAGUCUAUAAGUGAAACAAUUAGACCUAUUUGGUUACAGUUGAAAGUGCAGUCAAGUCAUUAUGUAGGUUACAUUUUUUGUGGAAAAUCCCACAAUUUCAGUGCUAGAAUAUUGGGCAAGGCAAUUUUAAAAACUUUUCAGAGUAAUCUGAAGAUGUCAAUGCAGCAGUUUGCCAUUUUGUACUGUACAUGAUUAGCAGUAAUAAAACGAGUGAACUGCA